UCAAUAUGGAGCAAGAUUAUCAUUAUGAUAGUGAUAGUGGAAAUGAGUCAAGUGAUGUUGAUGUUGGACUUGAUUUUGAUAGUGAUGGUGAAGGAGGAAUUGGCCCUGCCAACCGCUACAUCAGAGACAAUGAGGACCUGGCUUAUGAAAUUCUCUCAACUGAAGAUGUUUCAGAACACAUGCUUGAGUGCAUCAAAGAAUUCAACAGUGUUGUUAAGAUCUCGCACACGACAGCUCGGCUGCUGCUCAAUCACUUCAGAUGGGACAAGGAGAAGCUCAUGGAGCGCUUCUUUGACAGCAACCAGGAGAAGCUUUUUGAAGAAGCACAGAUUGCCAGUCCAUACAAAAAGAAAGAUCAAAUGAUGUCUGGGCUGGAGUGCGGCCACCGCUAUUGUUUGUCAUGCUGGAGCGAGUACAUCAGUACGAAGGUAGUAGACGAGGGCACGGGCCAGUGCAUUACAUGUGCGGGGUACAACUGUCCUGUGGUCGUGGAGGACAGUCAAGUCAUGAGUCUCCUGAAGGAUCCUAAAGUCAAGCUUAUAUACCAACAUAGAAUAUCCCAGAGCUUCGUUGAGUGCAACAGACAGCUGCGCUGGUGCCCAUUCCCCGACUGCAAGUUCGUGGUGAAGGCGCCCCACGCGGACGCCCGACGCGUGCAGUGCAAGUGUCAGCACGUCUUCUGCUUCAGCUGCGGGGCCAACUGGCAUGACCCAGUCAAGUGCAGCCUGCUCAAAGAGUGGGUCAAGAAGUGCGAUGAUGACAGCGAGACUUCCAACUGGAUAUCUGCUAACACCAAAGAGUGCCCUAAGUGUAGAGUGAUCAUAGAGAAGGACGGAGGCUGUAACCACAUGGUCUGCAAGAACGUCGCCUGCAAGUCUGAGUUUUGCUGGGUCUGCCUGGGGCCCUGGGAGCCUCAUGGCUCAUCAUGGUAUUCGUACAAACAUGUACAGUUUCUUCAGAAGGCCGUAGACAUCCUGUGUGAGUGUCGCCAGACACUCAUGUACACAUAUGUGUUCGCGUAUUACCUACAAAAGAACAACCAGAGCGCAAUAUUCGAGGACAACCAACGGGACCUCGAGGCCUCGACCGAGAAGCUCUCCGAGUACCUCGAGCGAGACAUCACGCAGGCCAACCUCGCUGAUAUCAAGCAGAAGGUUCAGGAUAAAUACAGAUACUGCGACCAGCGUCGCAAGAAGCUGCUGGAGCACGUGCAUGAAGGAUACGACAGAGACUCCUGGGUCUACAGGACUCCUUGCUAACUCCUGCUAUUUGCCAGUUGCGGCCAAGAAGCCCAGACCCUGCCUUCUUGGCAGCUCAGCCUUCAUCUGAAGAUCGUUCAGCCUUCUCUUGGGACCUUCAAUGUAACGCAGCUGGAAUUUUUAACUUUGGCUGGAAUUUAUUCAGCUCAGAGCUGAAUAAAUUGAAUGAGCUGCAGCUGAUACCGCUUAGCGUUGUUGGUUUAGCCUUCUUCUCGGAUGCGUUUUGAAUUUCUGUUUGAUAAAAAAAAACUUGAUUAUAAGUUAUGAAGCUUGUUACGAAGUAGCUUUAUUCAUUCAGUUUUACUGAUAUAUUCAUUUAUUCUUCUGAUCCAUCCAACAUUUCAGCGUCUGGAUUUAAACGCUGAAUUAUGCAUUCGUUCAGCUUUUUAGCGUCUGGCAACGCUGCUUUUGAAUAUGAACAGUUCUCAUAAAUUCAUGUUAUCGAUUUCUGCUGCUGUACUUUGGCCGACAGCAAAUUUUUUCUCUGAA